AUAUAUAUAUACAUGUAUGCCUUUGACCACCACUAACAUGUAGUAUGAAAAAAACCACUCCCUACUACGAAGAACCAUCCUUAAAACAUUUAGAUUUAAUCAAAUCUUGUUUAUGAAUUUGUUUCAUCAAGGUUGGUUCUGAAAUAAUGGCCAUGCAACCACCCUCUCACGGAAAUAAUGUAUUUCCUUUCUAUGUCAAUGACCUUUACUUAGGUGGACUCGUAGAGUUACAACAACUUCAACCUCCACAAUAUUAUCAACAACAACCACCACAAAAUCAACAACAGUGGCAGGGGAAUGUUGUUCCCAUUAUCAAUUCUCAUGUUCAUGCUUCAAACGUCUUAAUUUCCCCUGCCCUUGCUGCUCUUUUCGAGAAACAAAUGCAGGAAACACACGAGCUCAUCAAUAUACAGAAUGAUCAAAUAAAAUUCAUGUUACAACAACAUACAGAGCAACAAGUGGCUACAUUUAGAAGUAUGGAAAUUUAUUCACAACAAAUUCUAACAAGAAAGAACGAAGAAAUUGCAAAAGUUGUAAAGAAAAAACUAGAUUUGGAAAAUCUAUUAAGAAAAUUAGAGGCAGAAAAAAGGGAAUUGAAGGGAAUAGCUCUGGAAAGGGGAGCGAUGGUACUAACUUUGCAUACCAAGUUGGAAGAGGAGAAGAAGAGAGUAAGGAUGUUGGUGGAAAAUGACGCGGAAUCAAGUUGUGGUGAAAAGGAAGAAGUCAGAGCUGAAAAGCGUGUAAGACGUGAAAACAAUGUGUUUUGUUCAAAGUGUAAGACAAACACUCUUGGUGUCUUAUUUCUGCCAUGUAGGCAUCUCUCUUCAUGCAAAGCAUGUAAUGCUUUACUCCAAACUUGUCCAAUUUGUGGAAUGGCAAAGAAGGGUAUUAUCGAGAUUCAGAAUUCGAUUUAAAAUUGAUAUUACUGUCAAAAAUGUUAUUACAAUAGCUCAUCUAUGCUAUGAUGAUUAUCAAUAUGAUAUUUAUGAGUUUAAUUUAGUUUCAUGAUGUUUCAUUUAUUUUGUAAAAAAAUUGCUAUUUGAUAUUAAGAAAAUAAUGUUGUUAUUUUGGUUCAG